CUUCAACUCGUCCGUCUGAAGAAUCUUCCAAAUCCACUCGCCGUCAGAUGUCUCGACAGACUUCCAGAUUGAACAACCCGAACGAUGCGUCCGCGUUCCAUUACGAUGAGUCCUUCGAUUACUCAUCAGUUCCAGAUGCAGCGCCGAAUCGAACCAUGAGACCGCAAAUGUCGCGCCGUAACUCAAUCCGUGUCUCUGCAAUGGACUACACGGAUCCAACGGAACCAGAUCGCGAUAACAGAGCUCGACACUUCAAUUUCUCAGAGUCGAGAAUGAUGUCCGCUAGAGAAGCCGUAGCAGCACAAGAAGCAGCCGAUGCAGCAGCAGCCGCCGCGGAAGCUACAGAAAAAGACAAUGAACAAAACGAGAACAACGAGAAGGAAGAUGAAAACGAAAACGAAAACGAGAAGGAAGACUCAACAACCGCAUCGGAGAAGGAGAAGGAGGAGGAGGAGGAGGAGGAGGAGAACUCACCGUCGUCUGAGCCGGUAAGGAUAUCGCUGAUGGACCUAUUGCACGAGACGGAUAAGGAAAUGGGAUUCGGAGGAUCGAAUUACGGAAUGGGAUUUGGAGAAGAUUUCUUCGAAGACGAUGACGACGAAGAUUACGACGAAGAUGAAGACGACGGGCAUGGCGGAGAAUUCACCUGCUGCGUUUGCAUGGUGAAGCAUAAGAACGCGGCAUUGGCGCCAUGCGGGCAUACAUUUUGCAGGCUGUGUUCGAAGGAAUUCAUGGUUAGCCGCGGGAACUGUCCCACUUGCAGCGAUUUCAUCUUGGAAAUCCUCGACGCUUUUUGAUUCUGCUUUUGAAACUCAUUUCUUUGAUCAUUUGAGGAUCUGAAGAUGCUCAAGUUUGAGUAGAGAUAUCAUUUUGCGCCCACAAAGAUUAGUUGUUGUAAAAUAUCCCUCAAGAAUUUCAAUCUUUGUAUCCACAAAGUGUAUAUCAAUCUUUGCCUACUACUCUA